AUGUGGGAACCUCUCAAUAUUAGGGUACCGGCCGGUUCUAUACGGACCUCAUGUGAUGUGGACUUAUCUGACUAUCCCUACGAUAAACAGACGUGUGAUAUAUAUUUUGGCUCAUGGAGCCAUAGCCAGGAACACAUCAAUAUUACAACAUUAGGCACGAUUAUGAUUAUGGGGGUUAUGGAGUCUAUACUUCAUUGGGUAUCACUCUUACACUUAAGAGUUAGGAUCGGCCUCGUUUGGAGCUCCCUUUGCAGUCUCAAUGAAAGCAAACAAUUGAGUUCAGAUCACAUGCAACUGACACCCGAAGAGUUCAAUGGAGACGAGGCACCGUCCGAUCCGUCCGAUCAAAUGAAAUCAACUGAAAAAGAGUGGCAAUUGGUGAACUGA